UGAUAUUUUUACUGAAAACAAGACAAAAAUACCAAGUAAUUUUUUGCAGUGUGACUCCAUUAAAUGUGUGUGUGUGUGUGUGUGUGUGUGUAGAUUAAACAUGAACGGGCCAAAACGGACAUGGCAGCAGGUCAAAAUCAAAUACAAGAACAUUCUGCAGAAUGCAGUGAAAAAGAAUACCCACAGACAAGGCACGGGUGGUGGGUCACCAAAGGCUGACCUUACCCCAGCAGAGGACAUGGCCUUGGAGCUAAAUAAAGGCAGGCCCGUCUUAGAGGGGAUCCCUGGGGGGAAAGAGACGAGCAUAGGUUCCUCCCAAGAUGCCACCCGCUUCAUUCAAGUGCCUGGCAGCACUGUGUUCCUGUUAGAGCCACCAGCACAAGCACCAGACGAUGCUGAUCCAGGUGAAGGCCCCAGUGCAGCAGCAACAGCACAUGAUGGAGACGAUGAUGAGGAGGAGACCAUCUCUCUGGAUUCCAGAAGGCAUGAGGACCCAGAUGCUAUACAGUGGGAAAACCAGCCUGGCAACAUAAGCUCACAAGCUAUCAGAAAGUUGUAUGGCAACCACCUCCGGCGCCAAAUAGAACUGGCAGACAUAGACAUUCAGUACAAGAAGAAAAAGAUGGAAAAUCUUGCACUGGAGUCCGAAAUAAAAAAGAGGACAAUUUGGAAACUGGACCUUGAAAUAAAAAAACUUGAGAGGGAGGUGAGAUAUGCCUUCAAUGUACACUGUAUGCUAACUGUAACACAAAUGUAUUAAUCAUUAUUUUUCUUUCCUCCCCCAGCUCCAAGAAGAUGACACAGCUCAAAAUAAAAAUUAGCAAUCAGUACAACCAAGUCAUCGUUAUAAGGCAUCGCCCUCUUUUGCCCACCCCCAGCACCAGGUGUGGCCACUAGCCUAUAUGAAGGCCCAAAAUUGUGUGUUCCUUUCUGCUCUGACAAUGGCAUGCCCAUUCGUGCGAGAUGUGGUGGAUGAAGAAGCACUUGUGCUGAGGAGAGCCUUCAGGCGAGAAAGGGUCUUCAGGGACCGGUUGGACCCACUGGCCUUCCCUGAUGACCAUCUAUAUGAAAGAUACAGGUUUUCUGCAGAUGGCAUCAGGUAUCUAUGCAGACUACUGGGUCCCAGGAUUAAGCACCGCACUGCACGGAGCCAUGCACUGAGUGUGGAACAAAUGGUUUGUGUGGCCUUGCGCUUUUUUGCUAGUGGAGCCUUCCUGUACUCAGUGGGGGAUGCAGAACAGCUGAACAAGGCCACAAUUUGCCGCACAAUAAGGAGUGUGCGUCUGGCUAUCAAAGCAUUAGCAGAUGUCUUCAUCUCCUUCCCUGGCCACAGAAGACUCUGUGACAUCAAAGAGGAGUUCUAUAGGAUUGCAGAUGGUCUGCAAUGCUGACUGUGUGAUCAGCAAUGUUGUGGCAAAAUGGCCUGGCUCAGUCCAUGACUCCAGAAUCUUUCGGGCCUCUGAAAUCUAUCAGUGCCUAUCACAAGGUGAAUUCUCUGGUGUGUUGCUGGGAGACAGGGGUAUGGCUGCCAGCCUUUUCUCCUGACACCUUUCACAGACCCCCAGGAAGCACAGCAGGCCUACAACCAUGCCCAUGCCAGGACCAGGGCCAGAGUUGAAAUGACCUUUGGCCUCCUGAAGGCACGCUUUCACUGCCUUCACAAAUUAAGGGUCAGCCCUGUUAGGGCAUGUGAUAUUACUGUGGCUUGUGCUGUCCUCCACAAUGUGGCCUGCCUGAGGAAGGAGAGGGCCCCCAGAGUGCCACCAGCCAUGGACUGGGACAAUCCGGCAAUCUUCCCUGAUGACGACAGUGGCCGGCUGCUGAGGGACCAAUAUGUGUUGAAUUAUUUUAGUUAGUAUGUGUGCUUUCAAUUUUGGUUAAAUAUGUCCUGCGGUGGCAGAGGAAUUUGGGUUUUUUUGGGUUCGUUUUUGACGAAUUUGGCCUCUUAUGAUGUUUGUGCGGUAUACUGUGUGUAAUACAAGGCUGCAGGGAGGCUACUGCAUCCAUUCAUUUGUCUGUUCAGUUGAUGUGUAUGGAUUUGUCCUGCAUUUAUUUUAGUGUGCAGACAUGCAGGGUGUGUUAUAUACAGACCUUUGAAUGUGUAUGUAUCAUUUUGUAUAAUAUGCUUGGAUUCUGUGCUUUCCAUCUUGUAGAGUCACUGUGACUUCAGUUUCGAAAGGAGCUGAUGGUUUACCUGCUUUGUUUUGUCCUUAUUCAAUAAAGGAACAUAAUGUUA